AUGGAGGAUACGCCUGUCAAUGCGGCUCACGCUUUUGCCAACGCGGCCGAGGAGUUUGAAGAAAAGGAACAGUGGGGUAAAGCGAUGGAAGCCCACUUCCGUGCUGCAGAACAAUUUCUUUUGGCGAUGAACUACACAUUGGAUCCCGAGGAACAUCCGAGUACAUCGUCUCACCACAAGAAAUCACCUGCACAAUCAAAAUCGAAUGCUGCAGUUCCAUCACCAAAAAGUAAUACUAGUAUGAGGACACAACAACAUUUACAAGGAUCCUCGUCCCAUCCAAAUUCGCAGCAUGCCGUAGGGAUGCAUACAUCGUCCAACUCAAAUGGUAGAAUGACGCCUGAUCUAUUAAGAUCUGGUGUCAGUAGUACUUCUGCAAGGUUGGCAAGUGAUGUAAAGGGUACAAGGCAAACACAAACAUGGUCCGAUUCACUUACGUCAGUCGCGCCAGGUGUUUCUUUGGAUGAGUCUGCGGUCACAGAAAAGACAAUAGAUGAAUCAUAUAUGGAUGACGACAUGGAUCCUUUCAAUAAAUUUUGGGAAAUUGUUGAAUCAUUAGUUUCAAAGGUCUCAAAUCCAGUUGCUUUCGCUACUGCGCCCCUUAACGGGACUGAUCCACGGACGUUACUUGAUCCCGGUACUAUACAUACAUUCGGUAAUAAUACCGAUGUGGAAAAUGGACGUAUUCCUCAUCCAGAAAGCCUCAAAGGUUAUUAUCGAACAAAUAAGAAUGUACCGACAAAAACGUUAGAGGAAUACGCGAUGGAAAAUCAACAGCUCAAAUCCACUCUAGAUAUAAUGUCUAAGCGAAUGCAGGCACACGAGAAGGCUGCAGAAGAAAAUAGUAUGUUGAGAAGCAGCAUUUUGCAAUUUAAAAAUGAUUUUCAAAAACAGGCGAAACGAAUUAAAGCCAGCCAGGAAAUGUUGCGGUCCAUGUCCAUAAUGAAGCAAACUUCACCUGAAAGUUCAACUGUGGGUAAUGUCCAACUCCUUCAACGACGUGUAAAAGAACUUGAAGAAGAGCUCCGUAUCGUAAAGAUUGAUAAUCAGAAGCAGAAAGAUCUCAUGACGAAGUAUAGAGAACGGUGGGAAAAAUUGAAAGAAUCCGCGAAAAAACGGAGAGUAAAUAAACAAGGCGAUCCAGCAACACAUCAAAUCGUUGAACCCUCGUCCUCACCUAAAACACCGACUCCCGAUUCGGUUCAAUCUCACAAAAACCCUCAAGAUUCUUCACCACCGUCACCACAUCAAAAUCCAUCUCUUAUAGUAUUGCCUUCUUCAUCCGUUACAAUGACGGCAACGACUAUUACGACAGCCAUUGUUGCUCCGGAAUCGCGGAAGCAAUCCUUACCUGAAAUUAGUCUUCCCUUCGCACUUCAAAAAUCACCUCAAAAGCCCGGUUUUGGUGAAAUUCUGGAUGGAUCUACGGGUUCCAAAGGUAGUGUUGGAGCAUCACAAAAAAAACCAAAUACUACAAUUGUCCAUGCCAUUGGAACAAGUUCAACUAGUGAUUGCAAAAAUUCUUCCGUAAGCGACAACAAUAAUAACAAGAAUAGCAGUAACAACAGCGCUCGUAGUCUUACAGAAUCAAAUUCAACAAUGUCUUCUUUGCCAUUUAUGUCACAACAAGAACCUGACGGGUCGUUUCUCCCAACGGGCGCCACAGAAAGUUCAAUCUCUCCGUCAAAUCAACGAGGCUUGACGCCUGCAGAUGAAUCAUUGUCACCCUCUAGCUCAAUGGUGACAGCUGUGACCAGCAUUUCUCCGAGUAUAUACCAGCAAUGA